AUGAAUAUUGAAACACAAUCUGAAAAAUCGGAAAUUAGAAGAUCUAAGCGAGAAAGGUAUGUUUGGGAGGCUUUAAAUGCAGUUUAGAAGUGGAGAGAUUUAUUUGAAAAUGGUUAUUGUAAUGAGGUAGGAAAUUAUAUAAAACCUACUUUAAAAGAAGCAGCAGAUUUAGUUGGACUUCCUAAAAGAACUCUAGAAUAAUAUCAUAGUAUUUUCAAGUAAAUAUUUCUUUUUAUAAAUAGAAAAUUACCUUAAUCUCUUGACAUUAUGAGAAUUCUGGAUAAAAAAAUGGGAUAUCUGAAUUAGCUAAUAAAAGAAUUUAAAAAUGAACCAGCAAUAACUUAAGAAUAAUAAGUUGAAAUUUAGCAAGAAUAAAGUUCAUGGGAUAAUAUGAUUAUAGAAGCAGAUGAUUAAUUAGCAGUAUAAAGAGAUAAUGAUGAAGAUUUAGAAGUGAAUUAGGUUAUAUAAUAAUAACAAAUUUUCGAGAAUGAUGAGGAUUAUGUAAAAUAUCUUUAAUUCGAAGAAGAUGAAAAUUAUUGUCAGGAGUAUUACUAAUUCAAUGCAGAAGAAGAUUUCUUAUGGGAUUAAGAAUAAACAAAUCCUGCAUUGCCUGAUUGUUGAUUUAAUUCGUUAAACACACUUAAACAAAUAUAUAAUUUAAUCACCA